CAGACGAAGCAGACAAGAUUUGACAAGGAACGCAAUUGAAAACAUUUACUGAAAUUUUAGAUUUUUCUGGGUUAUUUGCCUCUUUAUUUAAGUUUGCAUUCAUGAAUAAGUGGGAACUUCAUUGAAUAGUGUGCUGCUUGUCCAAUGAAAAAACAUCGUAUUUGAUCAUGUCGUCAGGCAAAUAAAGUGUCAUAUCAUCUACUAUAAUUAUUGCUGAACCAUGAUACAAUGGGGAAAAAUAUUUCGCCUCAAUUUGGCCUCUAUUCUGGUUUAUUAAGGUUGUCUAAAUGCAGAAGUCACAGGGCUUCCAUAUUGAGUCUAACCAACUGUAAUAUUAUAAAUACAAGGACCCAAUUUUCUAGUUCUACGGCUUUCCCCUCAGCUUCAAAAUGGCCAACCGCGAAUUGGUGAUUGCGUUUGUGUAUGACACUCAAAGGUGUACACAAGAAGCAGAUGAUCCACAAGAUGCUGUGCUUUUCUUCCAUCCUGGCUGGGUUAGUGAGCAGCAGAGGCUUGCAUUAUGUGGACAGCUCAUGGGAGCUACAUACUUCCUUCUUGCUUCAUUCAGCCCACCUCGAAUACUUUCCCUUCAGAGUGGAAAGUUUGCGAUACGCACUUUUGGGAGAUAUGUUGUGGCGAUUGGGACAGACCGCAAUAUUCCUGAGUGGGUGUUGGAACAAAGAGCAGAUAUUAUGACGUCCUUACUUGAACUUUACUUUGGAGAUUUAGAGAGUCUUGCUGCCCAGUGUGAAGCUAAGAAGGCUACUGGCGAUACAAGUCCAUCAUUUUCUGAGAGACUUGGUAGGAUAUUUGAAACAUUUCUCCCAAUAGUUCAAUAUUCCGGACAGAUUUUAGGAAAUGUCCCCACCAUGCGACUUCCCAAGAGUGCAAGUCACGUCUUUCUAGAGGCAAUGCAAAUACUUCACUGCUGUCAGAAUCAACCAGGUGUCCUUGGAGGCACUGUUCUCUAUCAGAAUAAAGUGAUUGCUAGUCAGUUGGGUGCAGACAUUACAAAGCAUCUUGUCCUUUCUGAUCCUUAUAGAAUAAAGUCACCUGGCACCAAUGUUGAAGUGUCAUUCCAAUUGCCGGUCGGUGCUCAACUAUUGCACUUAUUUGUCCCUCAGAGGGAAUUUCAUUCUCUUGCUAGAGAUGCAGAGCAGAUUAGGAACACCUUUUCUUUGGUUGACAAAGCACCGAAAAUUGUGAGUCGAAAUUCCAAAGAGUUCAUUCCGUGCCUCAAAACAGACAAAUCUAAAAUAUUUACUGUACUUGAAGAAGAAGAUGGUGAAACAGGAGUUGAGAUUCUUCCUCAAACCUCAUUCAUAUCUACCUCAUACAAUGUGACGAAAAAAUUAUCUCCUACUGUGGAAGAAAAUAUAGAGUCUGCUACUGACACAUCUUCAAGGCUUGUGUGCAGCACACCUCUAAGAGAUUUUAACAUAAACAAAGUCUUACAUGCUAGAGCUGUGUCAAUUUGUAGUAGAGUAGAAGCAGACAAAACUCCUAUUAAUAGAGUUCCAGUUGCCGAUGUUGCUGAUAACAGUGUGAUCUCUAACCCAGUCAACACCAUUCCUGAUGUUGUUAGGGAUGCAGUUGCUGCUCGUAGCAGUAGCAGGCGAGAUAUGAUUGACAAAGCCUGUAUUACUAUUCCAUCCAACAAUAAUAACAUAUUUCAGACGGUGUAUGACCUGCGCACUUAUUUAAAAGAGCAAACUUCUUCUAAAUCUCUAAGCAUGAGUCUUCCAUCAAUAAAUUCUACAAAUAAUGUACCAAUGAGGUAUUACAGUUUUGGACUCCCAGUUCCUACUGAUGAGCAGUGUUCCCCCCAACGUCCUCGGCGUUGCUUUUAUAACACAAUAACAGACCCGUGCUUCCCAGUUUUUCGCCAAGACGGCCUUCCCUUAUCCCAAGCCCUCUUUGAUGAACAAAUUGCAAACCAUUACCGUGCUUUGGACAGCAAACCUGUUUUCAAAGUGAGGCCAUCGCAUUCAAAGUCAAAGCAACCUCCUCUAGCUUCCAUUCCACUUCAGCCAGUGAAGCAGGGGCCUGAUGUGGCCUCAACAAAAUCCGACGUACCCAGUGAUUUAUCAAAUCAGCCCAAGAAAAGGCCUGUUACUCUUGCUUUGAAAACUAUUUCCAGUCCUGAUGGCAUGCCAAGUGAAGUGAAAAGUGAACAACAAAACCACCAGCAGUCAUCACGCCCACCCAGACCUAUAAGUUUGUCAGGCAAUCAAUUUAACAGACCUUCAACUUUAUCUGGUCUGAAUGAUGUAAAAGAUAAAAGUUCUCUGUCGUUGGGCUUCAACGAUAGUAAAACGCAACUUGAAGAAAGGAAACGCAUUGCUCAGCAAGCUCUUCCUGCAGUUGCCCGACCAACAAGCCUCAGUGGAGGAUUAGCAAUAACUCCAUUAAUGGCAAAACUCAGUCACCUAGCAAUGGAUAGGCAUGGCAGUCUUAUGACACCUGCUGCAGAUCCAACUCCAUGUGAACCUAAAGAGAUGUCGUUUCCUAACAGAGUUGAAACACCCAUGGCUCCCUUUCCUAAGCCAUUGCCGCGGUUGAGUCAAUCUGACUUGGAGGAUUUUGCUGGGGAUGGAAACAAGGAGACUAUUCUUCUUGUCUGUGGCAUUCAAAGCAUGUCUCUUCUUUUGCUGUUGGAUCCUGACUUUAUUAGCUCAGAAUUAUUAAAAACUGUGUGGGAUGUAUCCUUUGCUAGCCUAGAGAAUUUGGAACAAUCACUUAAUUAUUCUCUAGAUCAUGUUCCUGCACCUGGUAAUAGUGGUGCUGAUUCCUACAGUUUCCUGUGUAUUGAUCCAGCUUGGGACACAGUUCAUAAAGGUGGGGUAUGGAGUGGCCCAGAACUUGAGCUUGUUGGAAGCUUACAUAGGGACUUUCAAGACCAGCAAAAUCUUACUGAAAUAUGUGUCAGAGUUCAUGAAAGUCUUGUGUAUGGCUACCAAUGUGGCCGUUCAGAAGUGUUUUAUCAACAACAGCAGGUUGGUCAGUCAGGCAUUGGUUUACCCACUCCUGCUGAUCUGAUGGGUACUGUGCCCCUGAAGGCCAGGCGUCGACUGGAAAGAGAUCAUGGGAUUGUUUUGUUGUAAGUUUUUUGUUUCUUGUCUAGUCUGCUACUUGAGUACUUAAAAUACGAAGUUUAACUUUGUGAUGUAAUUUUCAUCUGUUUCAAAGAUAAGCAAGGUACAUGAUAUCGUUAUUUAAAGUUUUAUGCUGAUCUUUUCUGGGCUUUCUACUUAGUAUUGUUCAUGGUAAUCACGGUAAAUUUGAACAAAAGGUAAAUUAAUGUAGGUAUCUUCAUUUAUUGUGAUUUAUUAGUCAUUCUAGUCUUUUGUUCUGAUUGCACUCCUGGCAUUGUCAAAGACAUUUGCGUAACAUUUGUUUGUUCUGUGGGAAAUAUAAUAUGUCUUAUAGAUAGCUGCGUCCAGAUACGUGGGUGUCUUGGGUGCCUUGGGUGUCUGAGUCUGCUAGUAUGAGAAAAAUUGAGAUUUGGACCAAUCACAGCCACGAUAGUUCCCUAUUUUCUCAUACUAGGAGGCUCAUGCACCCAAGGCACCCAUUGCACCCACGUCUGGACGCAGCUAUAACAUCUAGGGUGUCCCAUAUACCCCAUACUUUUUUUUUU